AUGCCACUUUCGCACUCCCCCCGUCUCCUGCCCGCUGCUGAGAUAUCUAGGGAUCUCAGACUACAACAAGGCCAAAAAGACAUCUUCAACACCAACCUCCCUUUCCGUACUCAAGCUUGCCCAUUUCCAUCUCCCUCGUCCCCCCAGCUUUGCGACAAGACCAUGUCUACCGCCAGCCGAGCAAUUGUUCCUCUCGACAAUCAUCACAAGCAGCAAGCGCCCAUGGCUCUCGAUUAUGAAUCGAUGCCAUGGUCAGAUCCACGUCGCUUUCAGCAUAGCAGCCUUAUUCAAGACCCUUCUGCCUUCUGUCUGCCAACUCGCUUUCUCCCAGACCCCGAUUACGUUGGUUGCUCUUCGCAGUCCCAGAAUGGCCUCUCACACAGCACCAACUACGGCUUCAUCUACCCAGCACACUACCCUUCCCCCAGCUAUCCUCGCACGUACAACGACAGAGAUUUGUCUGGACUUCCCAGCGACACGACCACGUCCUACCCGCCUGCAAGCUUCUUCCACUCCCCACCCCAAGCACAUGACACGCUAUCGCUUCCCGAUGCCGAUACCCAAGAGCUCAUGCAACUCAACGAUGACUACGACUUCUACUAUGCCACGCACAUCAAGCACGAAGACCAGCUUGACUACAACAGCCCUUAUUCGGACAUGUCCCGCGCCUCAACCCCGUACUCCACCGACGAACAGCCCGUCGACAGAGAACAGCCCUACGCCCAGCUCAUUUACCGUGCUCUUCAUGAUGCUCCCGAUCACACCAUGGUCCUGCGCGACAUCUACGACUGGUUCCGGAGAUACACCGACAAGGCUGCUCAGAGCGAGACGAAAGGAUGGCAGAACAGCAUCAGGCACAACCUGAGCAUGAACGGCGCCUUCGAGAAAGUCGAAUCCCCGUCCGACUCCGCCUCCAAGGGUUUCAUGUGGCGCUUGACUCCCAGCGCUCUCCGUGAGGGCGUCAAGAGCACAACACGCUACCGCAGCAAAGCAAACAACAAGCGCUCCUCCCGCACUCAACCACAACCCCAGCGUCAGGCCUCCGGAUCAAAAGGCGGCCAAGCAGCCCGUCGCGCAGCUAACCUACGUCGCUCGCAGCGCACACGCGACCAAAACCCACGCUCCGACCCGUACGCCGGCAGCUGGGAGGCGGAGAAUGCCUACGACCCGCUCGCCCCAAGCGCCGAAUCACCCUACCCGCUGAGCGGCGACGGCACCAGCGACGACACGAACCCCUUCGCCCCCUACCUCCUCAGCCACGAGCCCUUUCGCCCCAUGCUUGGUCUCGCGAGCCACCUCCACUCCCCACCCCGCAGCUACACCGGCACGCCCCUUGGAUACCCUCCCGCGCCCGUGACACCGCUGGGCGGCGACACAGCCUACGCCCUCGAGCAGGCACCCGGUGAGCUUCUCUUCUCUGCUUCUCCGACCCCUUCGGGCGAUGGACCUGUCACGCCGCCGCAGCCGCACGGUGUGUGGGUCGAGGACGUCGCGAUGGGCGUUGACGUGUUUGACGAGCAGGCAUAUCACGGGGGUGCGUAG